GAACAGUUUUAUUUUGGUGGUGAAGAGAACAAAACUAAACUUCGGAAAUGAAAUUCAUUGUCGCACUUCUUGCAUUUGCAUCUUUUGCUUCAUGUGACAUUAUCAGUGAUCUUGAUGCCUUCUACGAUCAAUCAGUGAUUGACGCAAACAAUGCAUUCAUGCAACUCUUCAAUGCCAAAUCGAACGCUCUGUCAGGUUUAGCUCAGCCACUGAGAUCAGCUUAUGCAAGCUAUCAACAAACUGUAGCAGCCUUUCCAGUCAAUCGAUUGAUGGCCGAUACAAGACAACGAUUUACUGAGGUCACAAACACUGCUGAUUUGUGGUUAUCAAGAGGUGUUCAUACAGCUGAAGUUGAUGGAUUAAACGCUCUCUGGCCGGAACAUCCAAAUGGUGGAAGAGUUCCACCAUUGCCAUCAGAACUUUUUAUGGAAUCAGUUUUGAGAUUCCAUGUCACAGAAUUCCAAAGUCGUGUGACUAUGCAUGAUCCAAUUUGUAUUGAGCCUUUCAUCCCACAAAUCAUUCCAAGUCUUCAACCUGCCACUGAUGCUGUCGUUGCGGCUGCUCUUGAUUUAGUUCCAACGCUUCCUCAGAGAUUCCCGCUAUCAGAUCGUGAUGUUGCUACUUCUGUAGCAGCAAGUCGAAACUUUGAAACAAUCUUGAAUGCUUGUGCAUCUGCUCCAGAAGCUGUUACUGAUACAUGUUUCAGAAAUUUCAUUAUCAGUGACCUUGAUGCCUUCUACGAUCAAUCAGUGAUUGACGCAAACAAUGCAUUCAUGCAACUCUUCAAUGCCAAAUCGAACGCUCUGUCAGGUUUAGCUCAGCCACUGAGAUUAGCUUAUACAAGCUAUCAACAAACUGUAGCAGCUUUUCCAGUCAAUCGUUUGAUGGCCGAUACAAGACAACGAUUUACUGAAGUUACAAACACUGCUGAUUUGUGGUUAACAAGAGGCAUUCAAGCAGCUGAAGUUGAUGGUUUAAAUUUUCUCUGGCGAGAACAUCCAAAUGGUGGAAGAGUUCAACCAAUGCCAUCAGAACUUUUUAUGGAACAAAAUUUAAGAUUCCAUGUCACAGAAUUCCAAAGUCGUGUGACUAUGCAUGAUCCAAUUUGUAUUGAUCCUUUCAUCCCACAAAUCAUUCCAAGUCUUCAACCUGUCACUGAUGUUGUCGUUGCGGCUGCUCUUGAUUUAGUUCCAACACUUCCUCAGAGAUUCCCAGUAUCAACUAGUGAUGUUGCAACUUCUGUAGCAGCAAGUCGAGACUUUGAAACAAUCUUGAAUGCUUGUGCAUCUGCUCCAGAAGCUGUUACUGAUACAUGUUUCAGAAAUUUCUUGAUAAGUCAAGUUGAUUGUCAAGGCUGCAGAUUCUUUGAUCCAUUGAUGGGUCCAUUCUUUAUGAUACCAAUGGAAUCAAGCAGUAUUGCAGGUGAUUACGGAUUUGCUAAAAGAGACCAAACUAACAUGAUUUUGAUGAACAACCAAGUCAUGCGAGACAUCUCUGCGUGUCCAUUUAUAUAAUCAAAAUCAAUUACGACGAAAUAAAAAUAUUCUAAAAUUACAAA